AUGGAAGAAACUAAAGAAUCACUAAAGGCUAAAAUUAAGAUUCAAGGGGAAAAGGUUAGAACGUUAAAGGCUCAAAAUGCUGACCCAAAUUUGGUAGCUACAGAGGUUGCGGCCCUUUUAGAAUUGCAAAAUUUACAAAAAAAGCAAGCCUCUCUUACUGGUGAAGAAAGUACUGUUAAAGGAAAGAAUAAAUUUACCCUGAAAACGCCGAAGGGUACGCGCGAUUAUAAUGAAAAGGAAAUGGCAGUUCGUGAAAAUGUUUUUUCAACCAUCAUUUCAGUUUUUAAGAAACAUGGUGCAGUAACAAUUGAUACACCAGUUUUCGAAUUGAAGGAAAUACUUGCCGGUAAAUAUGGUGAAGAUAGUAAACUUAUUUAUGAUUUGGAGGAUCAAGGUGGCGAAAAAUGUUCGCUGCGUUACGAUUUAACUGUACCUUUUGCAAGAUUUUUGGCCAUUAAUGGGACUCAAUAUCAAAAUAUUAAAAGGUAUCAAAUUGCAAAAGUUUAUCGAAGGGAUCAGCCUGCUAUGACAAAAGGUCGCCUACGAGAAUUCUAUCAAUGCGAUUUUGACGUUGCUGGAGUCUUUGAUCCUAUGAUCGCAGAUUCUGAGGUAGUGAAGAUUAUGUGUGAAUGUUUAGAUGCACUUGAAAUUGGUAAAUAUACAGUUAAGAUAAAUCAUCGUAAAAUUCUUGAUGGAAUAUUUCAAAUAUGUGGUGUUCCCGAUGAAAAAAUUAGGCCCAUCUCUUCUGCUGUAGAUAAAUUAGACAAGUUACCAUGGGAGGAAGUUAAAAGAGAAAUGACUGAAGAGAAAAAUUUGAAUCCUGAUAUUGCCGACCGUAUAGGAGAAUAUGUAAAAUUAAAAGGUGGUAGAGAACUAUUAGAACAACUUCUUCAAAUGCAAGAGUUAACUGCCAAUAAAAAUGCUAAAUCUGGUUUGGAUGACAUGGCUCUUCUUUUCAAUUAUUUGGAAAUAUUCGAUUAUUAUACUGGAGUUAUUUAUGAAGCUGUUACAGAACAAUCGAGGCCUCCUAAGCUAGAUGGUACGCAAGUUAAUCAAAAUUCCAAAGAUUUUGAUUACGAAUCAACAGUUGGAGUUGGAUCAAUUGCUGCAGGUGGUCGUUAUGAUAAUCUUGUUGGUAUGUUUGCCAGUAACAAGAAAGGUAAUAUACCUUGUGUAGGAGCUUCUAUUGGCGUAGAAAGAGUUUUAUCUAUCUUAUUGCAAAAAAUUGAACUUGACCGUGUUAAAGCAAAUGAAGUUGAAGUGUACGUGAUAGCAGUCGCUGAUGGAUUAUUGGAAGAUCGAAUGAAGAUAUGUUCAGAAUUAUGGAAUGCCGGUAUAAAGGCCGAGUUCAUGUAUAAAAAUAAACCAAAAUUACAAGCCCAAUUUUCGGUGUGUGAUCGUGAUCAAAUUCCUUUUGCAGUUAUUAUUGGACGGGAUGAAUUGAAUCGUGGCGUGGUUAGAAUCAAAGAUAUGAGAUCUAAAGAACAAGGCGAAGGUGGUGGUACCUCUGUUAAGCGAGAUGAAAUGAUAACUGAAUUAAAGAAAAGAUUAGAGAAACAAAAAUGA